AUAAGUGUUUAUACAUAGAAGAGAAUACGGUUUUUAUUAGUUUUCUAUUUUCGGGAAUUACCCACUGAUUUCUUCUAAAGGGAUUUCAUGGAGUCUGAGUUGCUGAUUGGCUGGGAGGCAGAAAGGGUGGAGUUGAGGUCAGAGCUUUCCAGACUGGAGGAAGAGCUGAUAGAGAGUCGAGCAGAGACAGAAGAGCUUCGAUCUCGAACGAAUGUGUUGACUGAACGGUUGACUCAGAAAUUGGACUCAUCCAUAUCUCUUCAUUGGGAAAGUGAUCAGAGAGAAUGGAUAAAGAAACUGAGAGAGGGAAAAGAGCGAGAAUCAAGACAGGCUCUGCUCAUCAAGAAACUACAGCAAAAGGUGAUGGAGUACAGGAGUCGAUGUGAACAUCUGCAGCAGGACAUGAUGAUUGAGGAGAGAGAAAUGAGAGUCAGAGAGAGAAUUUUGCUAGAUGAGCGCAGCAGUAACCUGGAGACCACCCUUAUCAGGCUAGAGGAGGAACAGCAGAGGAGUGCAACAAUGGCUGAAGUCAAUGCACUGUUUCGCAGUCAGCUCAGCCAAUCAGCAGAAGAAAACCAAGCGCUGCAGGAUGAUGUGAGGAAACUGACUGCUGAUUGGUCCAAAGCGGUGGAGGAAGCGGAGCAAAAAGAAAUGGAUUGGAACAAAGAGAAAGAGGUUUUCUCAGGGUAUAUGGAAGCAGAGCGUUCAAGGCUAAUGGCGCUCUGGAGCAAAGUCGUAGCUCUCAGACGCCAGUGUCAUGCAGUCAAAGUUGCAACAGACAAAGACUUAUGGGAAUUGAGAGCAGAGUUCACUCGCCUGUCAUCCACUUUUCUCUCUUUGAAUGUCUUCUCUGCUAUUUCUUCAACUCCUUCUCCUCCUCCUCCUCCUCUUCCUCUCUGCAACACCUCUGGACCAAUGACUCUGGCCGAGUUAGAUCAUGAUGAGAACAUGGAGAAUCUUAAAAACAGACUUGAUGACUUGACCGCUAUUAUAAAGUCUCAGGAGCUGGAGAGACAAAGGCAGAAGGCAAUAAAAAGCAACAACAAAAAAGAGGAAAAAGAACAAGAGCUCCUCCAAGAGAAAUGCAGAGAAAUGGAAAGAAAAUUUGAAUCAGUCACACAGGCGAUCAGAAAAUUGGAGAGGGUUCUGGAUUCUCAGAAGUCAGACGGACACAAAAGAGUUUUUCCAAAUGGUGUGCUCAGUGACGAUCUCCACUUUGUUCUGUGGGUCAUCUCUGAGGCUGAGGGUGCCUUCCAGUGGGGACACCAAGAACUGCGGGAAGCUGAAGGAAAGUGGCAGAGGUUGAGAGUGGAGUCCGAAUCAUUGCAGCAGCAAAUCACAGAGCUUAAAACUGAGAGGGAGGAUCUUCAGAAACAAGCCAGUUUUGAAGCUCUAGAGUUAAAACAGAUGAAUAGUCUAUUGAGAAAUGAAAAGGAAACAACAUUGAGUUUGAAGAUGCAGCUGGAUGAAUCUGAGCGCCGCAGUGAAGAUCUCAAGAAAGAAAAUGUACGGUUGAUACAGGAGAGAGAGAGGGAGGAUGAGGAGAGGAGUGGAGUAGAGAGAGAGCGACAGAAACAAAUGGAAGCAGGUCUUUUGGAAAAUGCCAAUUUGUAUGAGCAACAGAGUCGCACUCGUACAGAGCUCCAUUCACUGCAGGUGGCACUGGAGCAAGAGCGACUGGAAAAGGCACGUGCAGAGAAAGAGUUAGCAGACUGUCGGGAAACUUUAGCCAAGACACGCGAGUCUCUGCUCACACUCUCCUCUACACACACUUUGCUGCAGAGGGAAACUGCGGAUACAUGUGAUUCAUUGGAAAAAAUGGCUUCCUUCAAUGAGUCACUGACACGGGAUAAAAGAGAGCUCAGUGCCCGGAAUCUCCAGUUGGAGGAAGAGUUGACUGAAUCUCAACUGCAGCUGCAGCAUUUCAGAUCAGAUGUAGCAUCUCUGGAGAAGGCGCUGAAUGCUGUUUCAGAGGAAAACAAAGAGUUAAGGGAUUGCCGAAAUGCUGAUCUGAACUCCCUUCAUCUACUUAGAGGAAGGGAACGAGAACUGGUGGGGGAACUGCAAACACUGACGGAUGAAAAAGAGAGCAAAGCGAAUGCCCUCACUGAUGAGGAAAUUAAAAAUGAGAAGCUGUGUGAACAGUACAGAAGUGUCAGUGAGGAGUUGGAUACGGUUAAAUUGAAGCUGGAAAACACGAUCGACCAAGUGAAGAAAACGCAGAGAGAAAACGAAGCACUGCAGAAUGAAAAACAAAAACUGGAGAAACAAGUGCAUAGUUUGGGUCAGGAGAAGGAGGAAAUACAACAGGACUGUGAGGAGCUAAGGAAAUUAAGUGGAACCCUUCAGCAGCAGCUUUGUGUGGCAAAGGAACAGAUUUCUGUACUGGAGGUUCAGCAUGCGCAAUUACAAACACAGGUUCACACACUCCAGAUGUCCAAAGAUGUUCUAUAUGGAGAGAUAAAAUGUCUUCAGUCUGAAGUGGAGAGAAACGCAAUCCUGAGGGAGGAAGCAAGAAGAGAGACACAGGAAGAACAGAUACGGAGUGAAAAGGAGAUUGAAAUCUGUCAGUUGGAGAUCAAGAGGUUGAAUACUGAGGCCCAGACAACAUUGAACAACCACAGAAUCCAUGAAGAAGACAGGACAAAAUGGCAAAUAGAAAGAGAGACUCUAAACUCUGAGCUGGGACUGAAAGAUGGGGAGAUGGUGGCUCUAAAAAACAGGAUGGAUUUAUUGGCAAAAGAAAACGAAAAGCUUGCAGCCUUGAUCGGUGAAAAAGAUGGAGAUGUAGAAAGGCUUUUAUCAGAAAUCAAGAAUCUGGAGUUGCACAUGCGAGAAGCGAAAUCUGAGAUUGAACAAUACCAAGAGAAAGUGAAAGUCAUUGAGGGAGAGAAAGAGACAAUUUUGGAACAAGUGAGGGAAGACGGUGAAGAGCUACAAAAAAUUCAAAAACAGAAUGCCAAUUUGGCUGACAUUUUACACAUGCGGGAUUGUGAGAUAGAAAAGAACAGCAAGCGCAACGAAGAAUUGCUAACAAGCAUAAGAGUGCAGGAAAGCUUAGUAGAAAAACUCAAAUUAGACCUUAAAGAAAAGGAGAUUGUAAUAGAUAAAAUAAACAAUGAGAAGAUUAAACAAAAAGAAUGGGAGGCAGAGGCGAGAGACAAAGAACUGAAGUUGAAAGGAGAGCUAAAAAAGAAAGAAAAUGAAAUAAAAACUCUAAGAGACAAUGUGGAAGAAUUGAAGAUGGAGAAGCAGCACAUGUCUCAUCUUCUGCAGGAAAGAGAUACUUCCAUAGAAAAGCUUAAGAAUGAAGUGAUAGACAUGGAACUGACAUAUAAAGAAAAACAGAAUGAGAUGGAGUGGUGGCAGAAAAAGGCUGGGGAUGUGGCAAGAGAAAAAGAAGUGCUAAUUAACAGAGUGGAAAAUCACAUUUCUGUUGAACAAGAGAGGGACGAAUUGGCAGACCAAUUGAGAGAAAAAGACGAAGAGAUAAAAAACCUGAAGAAAAAUAAACAAGAGCUGGUCCGUGACCAUGAGAGGAUGAUUGAGGAAUAUGAAAAACAAGAGGCGGAGCUGCUGCAGAGGGACAGAGAAAUAGAAGAACAUAGAAGAGCAAUGUUAAAAAUGAUCAAUGAAAAGGAUGAGCUAGAGAAAUUGAAAAAAGAAAAGAUUAGUCUGGAAGAAAGGAGGAAUCAACUGGAGGAUGGUGAACAGAAGAUGAAGGAAGAGAUUGAUGUGCUUAGUGUGAAGAUUGGUGAACUGGAUAGAGAGAACAUAGACGUUCAAAGGAACAUGCUAGAGCAAAAAAAUCAACUCCAAAUCCAGACUAACCUUCUGAAUGAAAGAGAGGUAGAAGUGAACAGACUAAAAGACAUUUUAGAACAUAAAGAACAGCAACUGAUAAUGUUGAAAGAGAAACUGAACGAAACAGAAUUAGUCCUGGAAAAGGAAAAAAAUAUACAAAAGGAUUAUGAUCAGAAACUCCACCUAGAAAGUGAUAAACUAAAUCAAAUGCGAUGCAAAUUGCAAGAAUUGGAAGUCAAAAACAAAGGUUUGACGGAGGACGCAAAUGUGGUGCGAAUAAAAUUUGAGGAACAGUUGAAAGAAUUGGAGACCAAGUCAAAGCUUCUGCAAGAACAUGAAGAAAAUGUUAUGAGAUUUAAAUUGAGCAUAGAGAGUGGGGAAGAGGAAAAGGAAAAUCUGAAGUGGUCUCUUAAGGAAACAAAGGAAGAGAUGGAGAGGCUGAAGAUUAAAUUAAGAGAAAGCAGGGAGGAGGAAAUGUGGAGGAUAGAGCUAGAGCAACACAUUCAAAUUCUGGAAGAAGACUUAAGAAGGAAAGAUGGAGUUUUUGACGCUUUAAAGGAGAAAACAGAUUUCAUUAUAAAACAAAAAGAAGACGAGCUAAAACGAGCAAAGGAUGAUAUAGACACAAUGUUAACGGAGGUGACCAAACUGAGAAAAGAAAUAAUUAUACUUACUGUGAGCAAAAACAAGGCAGAAACUAUAGUGAGAGAACAGGAUAUAGAGAAUAAAAAAAUAAAAGAUGGACUAAAGGCUGGACUGGAAGAGAUGGUCACUUUAAAGGUGCUACUAGAGGAGAGCCAUUGUGAAGGAGAAAAACUUAGGAAGGUAUUAGAGGAAAAGAAAAAAGAGAUGACGAAGGGAAGGGACGAGGACAUCAGCGCAGCACGAGAAGAAACAGAAAAUUUAAAACGGAGAGUUCAAAUACUCCAGAAAGAGAAUCAAGAACUACAGUGUCAGCUAAAUGAUAAAAGAGUUAAACUUGUUGAGAAAGAGGAGGAGAAUGGUGUGAACAGAACGAUGAAUACCUUGGAGGAACAAGAUUUUGCCAGAUUGAAAUGUGAAAUGGAAAAGAAAAACGCAAGCCUUGAACUUGUCAAAGACAAGCUUGGACAGAAGAGGGAAACUGACUCUGUGAAGAAGGAAAUGAAGGAAUCUGAGAAGAUAAAACAUGUAGAGAUACAAAAUGUUAAAUUCAAAUUUGCUACAGAAUUUUUCCAGAGAAAGAAACCGAGUUGAAAAAUUCCAGAAAAAGGAACAGAGUUGAAAAUAAUUCCAGAAUUUAAAGAAGAAAAUGCAAGCUGUGUGUUUGGGGAACAACUCAUGGAUGCACAAACAGACAUUUUGAAAUGGGAAAUUGACAGAGAAAAACAACAUGCAAUGACCAACCUGGGGGAUAAUAUAUUUGAGAAGAAGACACAGUUUCUGGAAAACGCUACAAUUGAAAACGCACAGGACUUUAAAACGAAGGAAUUCCAAAGUGCAACUACAACGACAGAGAAUAUCGAAUUACAAACAAAGCUGUAUGAUAUAAAGAAGGAAGCAGACGAGCUCAGGAAAGAAAGAGAUCACUUAAGAACAUCGCUGGAAAAAAAUGAGGCAAUGCUGAUUCAUUAUCUAGAAAAAGCCCAUCAGCUGGAAAUAAAGGUGCAGACGGCAAGCGGCUUUGAAGAGGAAUCCCAGGGGCGUGUGUGUGCCCUGCAAAGAGCUGUGGCUGAGCUGGAGCUGAAGCUAGUGAAAUUACAACAGAGAAAUGAGCGGCUAGAACAUCGUAACGACAAGCUGAGAUUGGAGAAAACAAACCUACGAGAUGCUUUAAACCAGUUUGUGUUGGAAAGGGAGAAAAUGAGAUGUCAGCUGUCACAGACCGAUGCUGAAAUACAGGAUUACAGCAGUCCUUCUGGUGCUGAUGAGCUGAAGUGUCUGAGGGCACAGGUUCACCAGUUACGUUUGUUGCUAGCUUCCGAUCAUCAGAAAUGGGCGGACUUCAUUCACCAAUCCUUGAGGAAUAGUAAUUCACUCCAGACAUUAAGGCAGGACCUGAAUGACUCGCUCACAUUGGUGUCCAAGCAGCUGGCCUCUCCGGUUUUGGAGUGUGAAACACAAAGACUGGAAAAGAGUCUGAGAGGAGGAGCUCAGGAAUUUGCUCAGUCACAGCUAAUGAACUAUUGAGCUUUCUGCAAAUGUACAUGCAAAGACUUUUUUUUUUUGCUAAAUACGGUGCCUUGCAACACUUCACCACAUUCCUCAUAUUUAACUUUUUAAUUGUAACAUUUUAUGUUUUAAAAAAUUGUAAUUACAUAUUUCAGAAACAGUAUUAUUUUUCAGGUAAAUCUAUAUCAUUUGCUAAAAAUUAUUUAUUUAAAACAUUAAAAUCUGCAGUUUUAUAAAUGUGCACAUCUGUUGUCAUGUCUUUGUUUCUUGCUGCUCCCGUUAGGGGUCUCCACAGUGAAUCAUUCGUCUCCAUACUGUCCUGUUCUACAUCGGCCCUUUUAAAUUAACCACCUGCAUGUCUUCCUUCGCCACAUUCAUAAACCUCCUCCUUGAA